AUGUCAACAAAUGGAACAUCGUCACACAGACGUCGCCAGAUCGAGAACACCCACAGGUUGUGGUUCAAGAUUCGCCCAGUGAAGGUCCCUCUCAUAGAUCGAUCGCAGAGAGUCAUGUCCAACCAAUUGACUCUGAGCCAGCGCCUGAAGAAAGCGCGCGAGCAAGAUGGGAAGACCGAAGUGGAAGCCAUGACGAUGGCACAGCUGUCGAAGGAGCGAGUGACAUUCGGAGCCAAGUAUGUCAACUACACAUACCAGCACAUGUGGGACAACCACCCAGACUGGAUUCAGUUCAUGGUGGAUCGCUACGCCAGCAGCAAGAAGAAAGACCAUCAGAAGCUGAUGCGUUACGUGAGUCUGAAGCUGGAAUGUGUGGAGAAUGCUCAGGAAUCAGUCGAAGAUCAAGCCUUCGAAAUGCCUAUCAGCGACCAGUGGGAGGAGGACUUCGGGGACAUCGAUGCAGCACACGAGAUGUUCUGCCCGGAGAUUAUGACGGACAGUGUGGCUCAGCAGAAUGCCGAGGCGAUGCAGUCCAGGAUCACCCACAUCGAGCAGGCUCUCCAGCAGGUCAAUGCACUCGGACAGAAAGCAAUUCGGUUUGGCUAUGAUCAAGGAGACCUUGCCACAGUGGAAGGAAAUCAUGAACAUCAGCCGAUUGAAGGGUCAGUCAUGCAUGGACAACACCGUGUCCUGAGAAGCCAGUACACAGAGGUAUACCCUCGCAAGUUUGCCCGUGCCACCGCUCAGAUCAUGUGCCACAACAAAUUCGAAAGGCCAUUGCACUGGAAUCUCAUUUGGCCUCUUUUGAAUGCUGAACGCAACAGUCCCUGCGAAUCAGACGAAGCUCUGGUCACAGAGCCAAAGCGCUCAGCUGACAAGUUCCCAAAAUCCGAGUUGCUGACACCAGUCCCACUGCAGGAAGCUGAUCCCAAACGGAGAAGAGUCGAGGGUAAGCAAGCCCCAGUCCUGUGUCAAGAACUUGUCCAGGAAGUCAUAGAUCAGGUGGACAAGGUGUUGCCCAGAGUUGGUAGGAUGCAAAUCACCAGUCCCAGUCUGUUGAGAGGGAUCAGCAACAUUUUUCCUGACAAGGACAUAGUGCAGGUCAUUGCAUGCCGCGGAAUCCACCAACUGUACAGCCUAGCGAGGUCAGUGGAUGAAAUUCCCACAGAUCAGCCGCCCGUGCCUGAAACUUCUAUGCCCAAUGCAGGGGAGCCGGUCACGGAGAAAGAACGCUUAUUGCUCAGAGGCCUGAUCGGCUUGGCAGCAGAAAAAAGAGUGAAAGUCAGCGCGGUCAUUGCGGGCGGCGUGACCUUGUCUUGCGAUACCUUGUUCUGGGUGCCACAAGGUCUCCCUGCUCCGACGUGCCAGGACUUCCGAUGUGCCAAGCGUCGAAAAAGAAGCUUCCCUUGGGAGCUCUGCAUCCAUAUUCCCAAAGAACAAUGGUCGAGCCUAGCAGCUACAAACGUAACACGAGUUGACGAGUUUCCGACAGCGGCGGGGAUUCACCUGGGGAUUCACCAUGACGCCAUGGUGCCCAUGGAGCCGGAAGGGCGAGAACUCAGCAGAUGCCUGCAGCAGAUCUUUGGAGGUGACGAGCUGGUGUCCUUCGACCAUUUGGUCCAUUUGGUCCCUCUGGAUUCAACGUUCCGUCCCGCCCUUGCAGAAGCCUUGCGACCCCUACUGCAACGCCUGGAGGUGGCCGAAGUGGCUCAGAUUCCAGCUAUAUGGCGAUCCUUGGAAAAAGCUUCCUGGCUGCUGAAUGACUUCGGCGACAACGAAUUGGUGGAGUCCAUCAUGGCCGCUGCCAGAGAGGUCCUGGCAGGGCGCGGCACGGUGGCUGCGCAGUUGGUGGAGCAGCACCUGCUGCGGCUACAGCGCUUCCGGACGGAUCCCCUGAGCACUGCCACGGCAUUGACGGAGAGGUCUCGAUUCAGGGAGAUCCUGGCGGAUCUGCCGCCGUGGAAAGAGAAAGUCGAGAUUUUCCAAAGAGAAUCUGUGGCGAAGUACGAAUUGGACUGUGCCAAAACCCUAAAAACUGUGGCCAAAGGUGCUUCCUGCGAAGUCUGGGUGCAUCGUUUGUCCUCCAGUGUGCAGGUUGAACAGGUCAUAGACCAACAUUGUCCCGGCCGAUUCACUUCUGCUUGUGCGGCGACCUGGUUGCAAGAAAGUUUGCCGCUACUCCCAUGGCUUCUGCUCCAUCUACUCCUCCCUGCCAUGAAGCUUUCGAAGGCGAACCACCAGAUUUUGCUGAAGCUUCGCAAGGCAUUGGAGUGCUGCGAUGAUCCAGAGGCCCUAGGGCAGUUACGUGAUGCCUUGGUGAACGCUUGUUCACUGUUGUUGCGGACUGCCUGGUGUCAAUCUACAGAGAUUGACUAUGCUGAGGCCGUUCGCUGGUUCUCCUCUGCUCUGGUGGUGACCCACGAGGCGUGUCAACUUCUGCUGCCCGAGCUGCCUGUGACCAGCGUGGCCGCCGCGCUGGCCGCCACGCCCUUGGCGCAGCCGACCCCAGGGGCGCCCUGGGAGACGUCCACGACCUCGACGACGUCGACGACGUCGCCGGUGAUGGAGGCGCUGGCGGAGGCGCUGGCCGUGGCGGUGCAUGAGGAGAUGAGCUGCUGGGGUGAAGGCGCAGCAUGGCCAGGGAAGAUGGCACCCCUGCUGUUGCUCUUUCGAAUCCUUCCCGACGCAGGAGGCUCCCCACUCCAAGCCCAAGCUCGUUUAAUCGCGCUGAGAGCGUUGCAGCAGGAGGCCAGAUGCCUAGAGCACAGAUUGUUGGAAUUCCUGCAGAACGAGUGCGGACAUCAGCACCCGGUGCUAAGACAUUUGGCCAAAGUGCUCCACGACGCUGACGCUGACGCCGAUGGAGCGGCGAUGGGACCCCUGGGCUUCCGUGCCGUGGCGGUCCCACAGCUGGCCGUCACUCAGCUGGGGCUGGCCGAAACGGGUCCGCGGUUUCCGGUGCCGGUGACGUCUGCGGCGAAGGUGUUGGAAUCCCAACAACUUCAGUGGGAAGAGCUGUAUCGCAAGAAGUUUCCACACCGCCGGUUGCAGUGGACCAGCCUGGGCGCGGUGGAACUCCUAUGGAGGCACCGGAAGGGUGAGACACUUCUGAUUGCUACGGAGAGGCAAGGCCAUGUCUUGCUGGCAGUGGAUGAAGGUGGAGCUUCCGAAUGUGAAGCGAAAGAGGACACGUGGCAGCACGAGCUGCUGCCGUUGCAGCAGGUCCUGACGGCCGACGAGUGCCACGUGGCGCGGCUGGAUCUGCGAGUGGUGCCACGUGGCGCUGCUCCCGUGGUGCAGGAACUGACAUCCCGGCCCUCGCAGUCUGCGGCAGUGGUUGAUGCAGCCCUGGUGCGGCUCCUGAAGCGCUUCCACGUCUUAACUGGUGAGGAGAUCCUCAGAAAGUUGAGCCAAUAUCCCGAGAGCUUAGAACUGGGAGCGGAGUUAUGUGGGCCGAAGGCCUUCAGUGAUGCGCGUGCUGCUGCACAGGAUGAUGGCCGCGAAGCAUUUCAACGGCUGUGUGCUUUGUGUGAUCGCGGCCUCUUGCGUGAGGAGACACAGGAAGUGGGUGGGAACACCUUGACCCUGGCAGGUUCAAAGGCAGUGGAAACCCCACUGCAGCCAGGUGAAUUUCUGCAGCGACGCUUUUUCUACGAGACCUAGGUGAUCUAGGUGCGAGGCCAGCUGCACCAAGUCACCAGUCAAAGAUCCACUGGGCGGAGGAAAAG